AUGGAGCCACGGCACCUUUACAAGUGUAUGCGAAGCGACUGUGGCCGAGAGGUCCCUGAUUCAUCUGUGGAUGAGUCUCUAAGGAUAUGUUCAUGUCCCGCAAUUUCUCACCUUGUACUCUCCGAAGAUAUAUAUGGAGUCCUCUGCGCUGAUUGGUGUCGCAAAUGCAAGACCAAAUUCCCAUGCUCUAAUCCUCGUCAUAUCACCUGCUUUGAGUCUCUACUUCCCCGCGAGGCGGAUGAUAUUCAACACCAGCCUAAAUCUGCUAGAAGGCUCCGGAAUGAUGCCAAGAUCAAGAGCCAUCUAUCUGCAAUUUUCUCGACGGAGACGGAUAUCGUUCUGCAACGUCGACUCCAUGAGGAAGAUAACAGGGUUGCCCGCUGGUUUAUAGCGGAAAGCACCGAAGCCGACCCUCGCCGUGGUGUUCUUUAUGUCACCGACCGAUUCCAAAGAUUGAGCGCUCAGGGAAAACUUGCGGAGAAUCAAUUUCCUAGUAUAGUGUCUUUUAUCGGUGACACUGGGAAGGGCAAGUCGACUUUAAUCAGAGCUAUGAUCAAGACAUCAACAAGAACAGCGGGGCUAUCAUUCAAUCCUGAUGACUUGAGCAUCAAUGAUUUACGAUUAAAUUCGCUCGAAACACCAGUAACAGCGAUUCAAAACCCUAACUUUAACUUAACCCCGACCAGCGCGGGUAUACAUCUCUACGCCGAUCCCCAAACACUGAGCGAACGAAGUCCUAUUCUUUUUGCCGAUUGCGAAGGCUUCAAUACUCAUACGAAAGCCCAAGCGGUUAGCGGGAUGGAUCUAAACAGAUCUCAUGAGGAUAUGCCAUUUAGGAGGAAAUGGACAAUCGAGAGGGGAGAGCACAAGCGCGAAAGCAUAACCGAUGGAUUAUAUCCACAGUUCAUGUACCUUUUCAGCGAUGUUAUAUGCUACGUAAUGGAUGGAAGCGCAUCUGUUUCGAAGGAUAUAAUACGUCUUCUAGAGUGGGCCGCUCGCGGAGAAGCAGAUUCGGUCAACAUGGAGCCCUAUAAAGCUUUGGUGGUUGUAAUAAACCAACCUAGCAAUUGGCAGAAGGAAUGGGAAAGUCAGGAGUUUUCCGCUCGGGAUAGUAUGCUAGAACAGCUUCCAGAGACUGGUUGGCGGGAGUCGUCCCUCCUAACCGAGGCGGUUGACCGAAUCAAUUCGACAAGGGACAGUAAUAAAAUUUUUACGACUUACGCGCUAGUCAAGAAGUAUUUUCAAAGAAUCGAAGUGUGCUACAUUCCGAGACGGAAGGAUCGGGGUGUCGCAGCAGAAUUAAUGUUAUCCAAAUACCGUCUUUUACGACAUACCAUCCUGAGCUGUUCUAAAGAAGCGCAAACCAAGAAGAAGGAAAGUUAUAACAGAUUUAAUUUUACUGAUCUUUCAAGUCAAUUCGACCUGGCCUUCCACCAUUUCGCAACAUCUGAUGGGCCAUUCGAUAUGUACAAAAUCGCCCGCAAAGGGCGGUUGAACCUCGGAAAAUGUCUGACCACAUAUUGGUUCUUAUGA